UGGUUCAACCGGCAGAUUUUCCCGGUUCUGAAAACAACGAGGGGAGAGUGAAAAGCCCUAACAUGUCCGAUCGUUCCUUUGCUCCGACUUCGUCUUCCUUUCGCAACCAAAAACCCAAGAAGAGCCAUCCCACGCGUUACCCAUUGCGCAAAUCCUUCCUUUUUCUGCUUUGUUUUCCCGGAAAUUCUCUAAAGUCUCGACCUUGAGGAAUCUCUCUGAGUUUCUUUGCCUGUUCUUCGUUGAUAGAUCGGAAUUUCGAGUCGGGUUUUGCGUCACGGGCUUUGUGGUUCAGCGAUGGCUGCUUCUUUGUCGAGCAGACUUCUCAAGGGACUCGGUGGCCUCCAAGCUGCUCGUUCGGGCAGAUUCGCAUCUGCAUUGUUCUAUGAAAAUGGGAUGAGAUGCUUUUCCUCUUCGCCCAAUGAUCCAGACACACAUGAUGAUUUUAAGCCCACGAAUAAAGUCACAGGUUCUGCCGAGUCUCUGAAGGAUAUAGUCGAGCAGGACGUGAAGGAAAAUCCAGUAAUGAUCUACAUGAAAGGAGUCCCUGAAUUUCCUCAAUGCGGGUUUAGCUCGUUAGCCGUAAGAGUUUUGCAACAAUACAAUGUUCCUAUUAGUGCCAGGAACAUACUGGAAGAUCCAGAGCUGAAAAAUGCCGUGAAAGCCUUCAGCCAUUGGCCAACAUUUCCACAAAUCUUCAUCAAGAGCGAGUUCAUCGGUGGCUCAGAUAUCAUUCUGAACAUGCAUAAGAACGGCGAACUGGAGGAGAAGCUUAAAGACAUCUCUGGAAACUAGAAGUCUCUGUACUUUCAAGAUCCACCGAGUUCAGUUUAUACUCAAGUGGAUGAAGUUGCUUUGAUGCAAAUUGUGUUUCUUUUUCACCUUAUGUACGUGAUUCAAUCACCUGCAAUAAUGUUUCAGACACUUGGAUUUUUGUAUGAAGAAAGGCUUGAGGCUAAAAUAGAAAUAGCAUAGGUACCCUUUAUUCAUGAGCAAGAAUACAAGAGGUAGAACAAAAGAACAAAAAGGUAAAAAAAAAAAAAAAAA